CAAUGUUGGUAGCACUUACGUGGUUAUAAAGAUGAUGGUAGAAGUUGAACGCAUUUUCUAAAUACACGUCCGUCAAUGUUUUUAGUGACAAUAUUAGUGGCUAUUAUUGACUCUCGUUUAACGAAAAUCAUUGAUGUUAUUGGCAUAAUUUUUCAUUAACAGAAGAACUACGAUUUAAUAAUAUUCGUGAAAAACAAGCUGUUCCUUGUUGUCAUUAAUUAUGGCUCUAACAAAUAUUUUGCUUCUCAGUCAAAUAGCUGGAUAUGUUGUGGCGCUUAUUUUAUCUCUUUGUAUUAUCGUACCCAUGAGUUUACAUCAAGAUGAAUUUAGGGGACACUGUUUACUAUUUUCAACGGGAACUUGGCAAGAAACCGAUGGACAGUUUGUAGUAAAUUGGGCCUCACAAAUUUCUUGCAACUACACUAUAUUCGUUGGACUUGUAUUAUUUUUAAUGGCAGCUUUCCAGAUUUAUAGGCUUUCUGUUUUAAUGUAUCGUGGCGAAGACAGCUCUUUUCUUUCAGCAUUUGCAGAUGUUGUCAAUUGCAUUUUUCUCACGAUAAUAACAUUGAUUGCUGCUAUUAUCGUAACAUUAGGUUUCAUGACUUGGUGUCAGUGUAUGACAAAAAGGUUUCCUUCGUGCGAAUUAGCUGCUGGAAAUGAUAUUGAUAAAGCCGACAAUAUCGAUACCUCGGGCUUUCACAUUGAAUUGGGUGCAGCGCAAUUUGGAACAUGGAGUAGUUUGUCGAUUUGGGUUGGUUUAUCGGUUUUUGCUGUGUUAAAGUUGCUGCGUUAUCAUCAAAUAGAAAAUAUGAAAGUAUCUAUGUAUAGAGAAAGGCAAAAAUUAAUUGAAGCAACUGGAAAUAGCCAACAGCAAGAAUCCAGUUAAUCUUUCUUGUAACAAUUAAUAUUUAAAAAAGUUAUAAUACUAUUUCAUAGAAAUUCUAUAGUCCGUGUGGCUUCCUUGGAUCUAGUAUUGCUGAAAAAUUGUGAAUGUAUAUAUAUAUAUAUAUAAUAUGUAUAUACAUAUAUAUAUAUAUAUAUGUGUGUGUGUGUGUGUGUAUGUAUAUAAAUCUAUGAUUAUUAAGAACACAA